AUGGCUGGUGCUUGGAGUCCCGUCCAGGAUCUCUGUGAAGAAGCCACUUGUUCCAUCUGCCUGGAGUAUUUCAAGGAUCCAGUAAUGGUUACAGAGUGUGGCCACAAUUUCUGUCGAGCCUGCCUGAGCAAGUAUGUGGGGGAGAAGGACACAGAGGCCUCCUGCCCCCAGUGUAGAGGAACCUUCCAGAAGGGGAACCUCAGGCCAAAUAGGCAGCUGGCUAAGAUUACUGAAAUUGCCAAGAAAUUCAGAGAUGAGGAGGUAAAGCGGGCAGAAGAGAAGGGGGGAGUCUGUGAGAGGCACCAGGAGCCCCUGAAGCUCUUCUGCAAAGAUCAUGAAACCCCCCUCUGCCUGGUGUGUGACAGAUCCAAGGAGCAUGAACAUCACAAGGUGGUUCCUCUGGAGGAGGCUUCCCGGGAGUACAAGGAUCUGAUCCGUCGUCGCCUGGAGAUUCUCAGGGAAGAGAGAGAAAGAAUUCUGGCAUAUAAGGCAGAAACAGAAAAGGAGAAUAAAGAACUUCUUAAGGAAACCAGAGCAGAGAGGGAAAAGGCAGUGGCUCAGUUCAGACAACUCCAGCAGCUUCUGGAGGAACAAGAGAAACUUCUGCUGGCCCAGAUAGAAGGCUUAGAGGAGCAGAUUGCCAGGAGAAGGGACGAGCACCAGGCCAAACUCUCUGAAGAACUCUCCUCUCUUGAAAGCCUCAUCCAGGAGUUGGAGGAGAAAGGUCAGCAGCCAGCGAGUGAACUCCUGCAGGACAUGAGAAACACCUUGCAGAGGAGUGAGAAGGAGGCAUUUGAGAAUCCAGCAGCUUUCCCUCCAGAGCUGAAGCAGAAGAUCUGGGACUUCCAUGAAAUAAAUCCCUUUCUGGAGAGAGUCGUGAAGCAAUUCAAAGAUGCGCUGCUACCUGGACUACCUCCGAUGAAAGCAAACGUCACUCUGGAUCCAGACACAGCUUAUCCCAGCCUCAUCCUGUCUGAGGAUCAUAAAAGCGUGAGAAGCGGAGAGAAAUGGCAAGAUGUUCCCGACAAUCCUGAGAGAUUUGGCAAAUUGCAGUUUGUCCUGGGACGUGAGGGAUUCAUGGCAGGCAGACAUUUCUGGGAAGUCAGUGGGGGAAGUGAGGGUGAAUGGGCUGUGGGGGUCGCCAGAGAGUCUGUGAGGAGAAAAGGCUGGAUUGAUUUUAGUCCUAAGGAAGGGAUCUGGGUUGUGGGGUGUUAUGGAGGUGAAUACUGGGCUUCCAACCCCCCUCUUUCCCCUCAUUUGUCCCUGAGUGGGAAGCUCAAGAAGAUCCGAGUGAUUCUGAAUUGUGCUGGGGGACGGGUGUCCUUUUACGAUGCUGACAGGGGGAUCCUCCUCUGCACCUUCUCUGGAGCCUCCUUUGCAGGAGAGACAAUUCUGCCCCUCUUUUAUGUAACAGCGAAGGCCCCCCUCAGCAUCUCUCCUUAAGGCAGCUCAGAGCCUUCCUCACUCUCCCUCCUCUGCAGACCAGACUGGUUAUUCUACUCUAAGCAUCAAACCUCCCUUUGUCAAGGGCUCCUUUUCCCCUUCUGCAAAGGCCCCCUGAGAGGCCUCCAGUCACAGACACCAGAACUAAAUGGACUAAAAUGGUGCCUGAUUUCUUCCCUCCCUUUCCCCUGACGUCCCUCAUCCCUUAAAGAGACAGAAGCACAUGAAUAAUCCAGAACAACACUUUUUUUAACUACACUGCUUCCAUGACCUUCAGUCUAUGUUUCAUUUUCCAUUUUCCUUGUUUCCCUCUCCACAAUAUUUUAAUUAUAUCCUUAGAUGGAAA